GUCACCAGGCAUCAGGUCAUUUGGCUCGCCAGCGGGCACCGCGUCAUCUGGCAAGGCAGUGGGCACCGAGUCACCAGGCACGACAGUGGGCACCGGGUCAUCUGGCGCUGGAUCGUCUGGCUCGACAGCGGGCAUCGGGUCACCAGGCAUGACCGCGGGCACUGGGUCAUCAGGCAUUGGAUCGUCUGGCUCGACAGCGGGCAUCGGGUCACCAGGCAUGACAGCGGGCACUGGGUCAUCAGGCAUUGGAUUGUCUGGCUCGACAGCGGGCAUCGGGUCACCAGGUAUGACAGCAGGCACUGGGUCACCAGGCAUCAGGUCAGUUGGCUCGCCAGCGGCACCGCGUCAUCUGGCAAGGCAGUGGGCACGAGUCACCAGGCACGACAGUGGGCUCUG